GGCUGAGCGCCGCCGCCAGUCCCGGGAGCCCCGCGGAGCUGCGGGGACCGCGCUGGGCUGGAAAGGGCCCUGGGGCAGAGCGGGGAGCGGGGUCCGAGAGCCUGCGCGGUGCUGCGGGCGCGUGGCGACCCUGAGAGCCGAGCCCAAGCCGGGGGCGCGCUGCUCAGCCCCCACCGGGGCGACCUCUGGACCUCUCCGCGCGCGCGACUCCGGGAGCCAGAGCCCCGAAGGUGCAGAAGGUGCAGCCUGACCGCACGCCCCACCUGCAGCAGCGGCCCAGCCAUGGAGCCCCCGGUUCAGAUCUUCCGCGGAGACCCAGGCCCCACUUGCGCGCCCAGCACCUGCCUGCUCCCCAACGGCAGCGGCGGGGCCCCAGGCGACAGCAACCGCAGCGCGGGCUCCGGGGACUCGCCGCUGGAAGCCACCUACAUCUCCCCCGCCAUCCCAGUCAUCAUCACGGCCGUCUACUCCUUGGUGUUCAUCGUGGGCUUGGUGGGCAACUCGCUGGUCAUGUUCGUGAUCAUCCGGUACACUAAGAUGAAGACGGCGACCAACAUUUAUAUAUUUAACCUGGCUUUGGCAGAUGCUUUAGUUACUACCACCAUGCCCUUCCAGAGCACAGUUUAUCUGAUGAAUUCCUGGCCCUUUGGGGAUGUGCUGUGCAAGAUAGUCAUUUCCAUUGACUACUACAACAUGUUUACCAGCAUUUUCACCUUGACCAUGAUGAGUGUGGACCGAUACAUUGCUGUGUGCCAUCCUGUCAAGGCGCUGGACUUUCGCACACCCUUGAAGGCAAAGAUCAUCAAUAUCUGUAUUUGGCUCCUGUCUUCCUCUGUUGGCAUAUCCGCAAUUGUCCUUGGAGGAACCAAAGUCAGGGAAGACUUGGAUGUCAUCGAGUGCUCCUUGCAGUUCCCGGAUGACGAUUACGCGUGGUGGGACCUCUUCAUGAAGAUCUGUGUCUUUGUCUUUGCCUUCGUGAUCCCCGUCAUCAUCAUCAUCAUCUGCUACACCCUGAUGAUCCUGCGCUUGAAGAGCGUCCGGCUCCUGUCCGGCUCCCGGGAGAAGGACCGCAACCUCCGGCGCAUCACCAGGCUGGUCCUGGUGGUGGUGGCCGUCUUCAUCGUCUGCUGGACCCCCAUCCACAUCUUCAUCCUCGUGGAGGCGCUGGGCAGCACCUCGCACAGCACGGCCGCCCUCUCCAGCUUCUACUUCUGCAUCGCCCUGGGCUACACCAACAGCAGCCUGAACCCCAUCCUCUACGCCUUCCUCGACGAGAAUUUCAAGCGGUGUUUCAGGGACUUCUGCUUCCCCAUCAAGAUGAGGAUGGAGCGGCAGAGCACCAGCAGGGUCAGAAACACGGUUCAGGAUCCUGCGUACGGGAGGGAUGUGGAUGGGCUAAACAAACCGGUAUGACUAGUCGUGGAGUUGUCCUCUUAUGGUUCUCCGGGAAGAGAAGAGUUCAACGAUCUGGGUUCAACUCAGAUCACUACUGCAGUCUGAGGCGGAAAAGUAGAAUUUCUUACAAACUUUAGGAAAUCUCAUGGCCUGAGGUCAUCCAUGAGGCUCUAGUAGGGACCCAGGUCAAUGGAAGCAUCAAGGCUGUACGGAUUGAGUACCACCGAAGGAGCAAAUACAGCCCCUCGGAAGGGCAGGGAAGCUAAGGCUGGUUUCCAAUUCCUAUGAUGAACAAGAAACAAGCCUUUUUCUUCUGGUUUCCUAGAUGGACUUCAGGACUCGGCUGCUGUGGGCUUCCUAUGCAAUGCUGGUUUCCAAAGCUCUGUAUAGAAAACGAAGCCAAACAAAAUGCUGGUUUCAGGGCCUAGUGGACAUCCAAUCCCGAUGCUUAACAUGGACAGUAACAAUGACAACCAUUUCCAGGGGCCGUGCCCAGCUCACUUUAUGCUACACGGAUACACAUUGCGAGGUGAGGAUGCUACCUGAAGUUUGACUUGGAUCCAUACCUGAAAAGUCUGUUGUUCCUAUAUCAUAGAAACUUAUCUCGAUAUUUAAACAUAUACAAGAUGGACUGCAAUAUAGUUUAAUUCUCUGAAGAACUAUAUUUUUAGCAUGCUAUUUAGAUAGAUAAUCUCAUAAUAAGGCUAAGAAACAUAAAUUGGUUUAAGUAUCACCAAAAGUAUAUAGAGUUCCACCUGUAAAUAAUAGUACAUGUGCAAACAAGGAAUGGGUUUGCCAUAAAGCCAGGCAGUUGCUGGAGAGCAUGUUAAUAAUGUCCUCGAGUUAUUUAGAGUGAUGCUGAGACAUUUUGCUGCAACAUCAGCUUCUCUCUGAGAAUCACUCAACGGCACAUCACUCAACACCAAUUAGCCCUUCAGAGUGUCCACAACUCAGCGGAAUAUUUAACUCACUCCCAGGUUGUAGCCUUUGCCGAAUCUAGCUUAUAUGCAACAUCUCUUUAUGAAUAUAUAUCUAUUACCACAUUUUCUAUAUCCGGGAAGGGAAGGCAUUUUGUUCAUGUAAAUCUCAAGUGAUUCUUCUGUGGCUUUUGGUGGAAAGUAGAAUUGGUCCUAACUGUGAUCUGAAUGAGGACAUUAUGUCACCUGUGGUGCCUGAACACCCCUUGCACUGGGUUCUGAAGAGCAUACCUGAGAGGAUAAUGCCAUGAGCAUCACAUUGAGGGUAAUUUUGCUGAAACUUCAGAUGACAUAUAAAUUCCCCUUCCUUUUCCUGAAAAUUAUGGUUUCAGAAGAAAUGGCUUUUUCUGUCAUUUGCCUGGGCAGAAAAGGGGGUAAUUUAAAAAUAACACU